AAAAAAAAAAAAAAAAAAACUCAGGUGCCGGUGCCACUUGACUACGAUAACGGCAGCAGACCAAACAACGGAUGAAGAAAGGACACAAGCGGCGGUGUGCCACCCCAGUUGAUGGAAGACAUCAUUCUGAGGUAAGUUUUAAGGUGGUUUCCAAAUGAAUCAUUAUUUUAAACUACUGGCAAAUUGCCAGUGACUGCACAUUUAGAGGAGAAGAGAUGUUGCCGCCAAUAGUUAGUGCGAGUCGGCUAACGUUAUGAAGCUAGCUACGUAGAAUGGGAUAAUGUGGGGAAACCGGGGCAUUGUUGGUUUUCAGUAAGUGUUUAAUCAACCCAGUUCAUAAGAAUUUCAUACCAGACUGAUGAAACUGAUUAUCUCAAUGUUUAUGAAGCUUGUUUAUUAUUGUAAAGGUCUAAAUUAUAACGUUAGCCAAGUUACUAAGCCCUAAAUUAUAACAUUAGCCAAGUUACUUAGCCCUAACUAACCUAUAUGAUCUAGUUUAAUUGCAUAGUAGCUAAGCUGGUAGUUGAUUUUUAAGUAAGUUAAAACACAAGAAUGGGGACAAAUAGUUUAAGAUUCAGCCUAAAACAAUAUUGAGGUCUAAUCAGGCUGUCUUAUUUUGUAUAGGGACAGGUAACCAUGAAAAGGAAGGGAGAUAUUGCAGACUUUUUUGUAAAGAGGCACAAAUCAGGCCCAGAUCAGGCCCAGGCAGACCCCACCCCUAAAACCAGCAGCCCUGGCAGCUCUCAACCGGGAGCUAGCCAGGCAAGUCAGUGUGAGCAUAGAGAAGGAUCCAGUCUACCACCACCAGGUCAGAACACACAGGCAGUAAAUUGCAUCUCCAGUUUAUUGAAAAGUGAAGCCUCACACUGUAACAAAAGGUGAUUUUGACAGAUUAAGCCUCAUUUUGAAUUUCUGUGUGAUGUUAUUUAUUUUAUUGCCCUUCUAUUUAUUUUGUCUGUAUCCAUGUUUGUUUUUUACAAUGCUACUGUUAUAUAACAUUUUGUACAUUUUGUGUUAAAUUUGUUGUUUUUUUGUUAAAUAAACUCUCCCAAGUAUUUCACUCACUAAUCUCCUGUAUGCUUCAGCUUCACUUGCUGAAAAUAUUUCCACUUGGUUAUGCAGAUUGUUAAUGUAAAGAGGGGGACCCAUGUCUUGCUGAUGACUAUUGUGAUCACAGUAGUGUGUGUGUGUGUGUGUGUGUGUGUGUGUGUGUAAGUGUGUGAGAGAGAGAGAGACAGGGAGAUGCAUAAUUAGUUUUGUUGUUGUCUGUAGACAUCAAUAAUGACUGGCCAGACCUGUGGAGUGCUAAACAAACAGAAGACUUCAAAUCCAAGAACCCCUGGUUGGGAUCCAAAAACAAAAAAUUGGGUAAGUUUAGGUAGAUUGCUAGUUUGGGUAACUUCUGAAACAGUGGGCACAGAUAACUUUGUGUGUGUGUGUGUGUGUGUGUGUAAAGGACCAUGCACACGUACAGCUGUGGAUACAGGAGUAGUUACAUUGUUUGUUUAUGCUUCGCAGGAAGUCUGGUCUGUAGCAGUGUGAACUCCAUUGGGAUCGACAAGGAGCAAGGACAAGGUGUAUCGCUCUCAAGAGAAUGGAUGAACUUUGAAAUUCAAGUGUCUGGCCAGGGAAGUAGAACAACAAGUUUGUCAAUCUUGAGAAAUAAGGUGAGGAAACAUGCGUUGUCCAAGGCCCACACUCAGGCUGUGAAGGUGGCAGAGCAACAGAAAGAAGCUGCCAUUGAGAAUGCAGUGGAGACUAUGACUGAGUCCUACAUGAAGGAAACUGAAGCUGUGUUUCGAACAGCCUACCAUCUGGCCAAAAAGAACCGACCCUUUUCUGACCAUGAGAGCCUCAUUGAGCUGCAGGAACUGAAUGGUGUAAAAAUGGGCUCAAUACUUCAUUCACGUUACAGUGCAACACAAAUAAUACAACAUGUUGCUAGUGAGAUGCAGAGCAAAAUCAUCAGUAGCAUUAUAGCAUCAUCCAGUAAGUUAGCUGUCCUAAUUGACGAGGCAUCUUCUUUAAGUCACAAAGCUGUCAUGACAGUUUCUAUUAAAGCAUCAAUUCAAGAAGAAAGCCCUGAGUUCAUAUUCCUGGAACUUGUUGAACUGGAAAAUCAGAGAGCAGAUGGCAUAUUACAGGCGUUACUCACCUGUUUAACUAAUGCUGGCUUUACAGAAGAGUGGCUUCAUGAAAACUGGGUAACAUUUGUAUCUGAUGGAGCCAGUGUCAUGCUAGGAAAGAAGUCAGGAGUAGCAACCAGACUGACUUUGAGAUUCCCAAAGCUUUUUGUAUGGCACUGCAUGAACCAUAGACUUGAACUUGCUGUGUCAGAUGCAGUUGAUGAGGUAAACUCUGUCAAUCACUUUAAAACUUUUACCCAGAAGCUAUACUCUCUGUAUAGUGUGUCAAACAAAAAUGAACGUGAACUUGUUAAUGCAGCAGCUGAAGUAGGCUCACAACUUCUUCGCAUUGGCAGAAUCUUGGAUGUACGCUGGGUGGCCAGUAGCUUUCGGACUGUUCGUGCUGUUUGGACAUCCCUGGGAGCUCUUGUGCAGCACUUUAAAAAUGCUUGCAGUGAUGAGAUGAGGUCCACCAAAGAGAGGCAGAUGUACAGAGGUUUGUUAGACCGUGUUCAAAGUCCAGAAUUCAUUUGUGACCUUGGCCUCAUGUACGACACUCUCCAUGAACUAAGUCUCCUGUCACAGGAGCUUCAGUCUCGUUCUAUAACGCUCCUCAGAGCAGAGCAUCUGCUGAAACGCUCAAUCAGAGUGAUCCAGUCAUUCAAAGAGAGUCCAGGUGAGAAAUAUAGUGAGGCUUUAGAAGCAAAACAGACUGGGGAGUAUCGGUCUAUAGCCCUGAAAACAAAUGCAAAGCUGAAGUCUAUCAAUCCAGGCCAGUUCUUACAAAGCCUUGUGAACAAUCUGGAGAAACGCUUGUCUUUUGAAGAUGAGACCAUCAUGGACCUCAGCAUCCUUGAUCAGAGUAAGUGGCCAUCAAAGCCCAGCAUCCGCCAUGGUGAAGAACAAGUUAAGCGACUGUGCAAGCGAUUUAACUUGUGCACAGACCAAGCACUGAAUGGGAUGCGGGACCUACUGGAAGAGCCCAGUAGUGAGCCCAAGGACCUAAAACCACUUAUGAACUGUAUGAAAACAUUCCCUGUCGGUACAGCAGAGUGUGAGAGGAAUUUUAGCCUUAUGAACAAUAUAAGCUCAGACAAGAGGGCUGUCCUUCUGAUCUCAAACAUAUCAAACUUGAUGAUGAUUAAUAUCAACGGCCCACCAACUUCCAAGUUUGAUCCUAGAAAAUAUACAAGGACCUGGUUGAAGAGCCAUCGUGCUGCCUCUUCGGUGCGUUCUAGACAGUGCAGUGUGAAAGCUCCUGCAGAAAGCAAAUUUGUCUGGAAUAUACUGUAGUAUGAGCAAAGGUCAGAAACCCAGUGCUGGGUUGAGAGAGUAUAUCACUGUUGAUGUGUUGUUAAUGCAUAUAUUUUUGUUAAUUGUUAACUAAAUAUUGUUGUAACAUAUUUUGUUGAAUGAUUUACCGGUAAAUGAACAUGUUCAAAACAAAGCAUAUAGCAAUAUGAACAAGGAUGCAUUGUCACCUUCAGAUUUGAAGUAUUUUAUUUAAAUAAAUGUGCAAAAAAUAAUCGAAACACCAUUUCCUGUUUGCCUCAUGAUAAAUACAUUUUACAUUCAUCCAGGCUGCUCUUGUGACCAGUAGUAACUACAAACUGCUCCUAAUCAAGUCAUGAUCAUUUUAUAAUAGUGUGCAAGUAGAAAUUACAUAUUUUUGGGUAAACUAAAUCAUAGUCUUACAUGUCACUGUUUCUAAAACAGGGCUUUUUUCUGGACUACUUAAAAAAAAAAAAGGUGAAUACUGAGAGUAUACCCACUUCUCCAGGGACCACUACACCACUGUCACCAUUGUCUUGAAGCCUUUGGAUAAACAUAGUGAAAUCAGGUCCUAGAGUGCAUACUGAUUAGGCCAGGAGGACUGCUAAUGAAAUACCUGCUUGAGAGAAAACAUGUGUUUUUACCUUAUUAUACAUGAAAGGAGCCGAGCGCGCUUAGAAACCCUCCAUCAAAGCAGACAUCAUCUCCUCAUCUCUCUCCUGUGCCUAUUUCUAUUCACUCGCAUUAAUUGCUGUUUUUUUUGCAAAUGUAAUAGCAGCCUUUCUAGGUUGGAAUGAGGUAGGAAGAAUGUGUAGUUCUCUUGUUCAGCAUACUCUACCUCCCCAGAAUAAUAUGAUAUAGGAGGGGGAGAGAGAGGGGUCAUUAAUAUUAAGGAAAGGCCAAUUGGCUGAUUGACUUUCAACUUUCUAUUUAUAGUAUUGUAUAAAUAGAUAAGACAGCAUUAGAAGAAAGGAUAAUUAGCGAAAUAAUACAUCUUAAAAAAUGAGGAACUGGAACACAAAAGUACUCAGAAUCAACAUGGUAGGCAUAAAAACACUGAGGACAUAGAAGGCACAGUAUGAGGGUAUGUGCGUGUGUAUUGUGAUGAAGGUGUGUGUUUUUGUGUUUGGAAAAGUGUGGAGUAAAGUGAGUGAAAAAGGGAAAUGGUUGCAAAUCCCAGAGCCCAUAUGUGUCUGCGAGCAAGGGUUGUGAGAGAGGGGUUUCAAUUUUGUGCAGACAAAGGAUAUACAUUUUUUAAUAAAUUAUAAAUAUAGUUCAUUUAUUACUGUCCUGUCAUGAUGGAAUGGUCCCCAACCCUAUACCCUAGACACCCACCUGAGUGACCCAUACACUAAGGAGAAGGCCUUAUCUGUUUUAUGGGCCUACUGUAAGUAGCCUAUAAGCAGUCAAAACAGAAAGAUAAAUGCGGUCAGAGACCCACUAAAGCAGCACCGCCCCUCAUGAUUCUGAGCCUGCCUGGCAGGGUUGGUCGUACAAAGCCAAAGCACCAUGAUGGGUGAACAUAAUAUACAAGGAAUUUCUCAAAGCUGCCAAUGAGAACCUUGACGACCUUGUACCUUAGCCGGUGGGGAUUCCGGUGGGGUGCCCCCACCCAGGUACUGGCAGGUAGUGGCAACACUAGCUCCAGUAACCCAUGGGAAGGGGGUAACACUCGGACAAUCAGAGAGGGGGCAAAUUAUUGUGGCACUGGUGGCACAAAAUAAUCAAAGGUCUGACUGCACCAUUCAGGCAUAAUAUACCAUGUAAGUGUAGCAAUUCAUACUGUAAAGUUACAGUGCUACCACUGUUCAGAAGGCCAUGAAUGACCAAUGAGCUAUGAAAAAGUAUUUGCCCCCUUUCUAAUUUUCUCUACUUUUGCAUAUUUUUGAUACUGAAUGUUAUCAGAUCUUCAACCUAAACCUAAUAUUAGAUAAAGGGAACAUAAGUGAACAAAUAACACAACAAUUACAUAUUUAUUUCAUUUAUUUCAUAAACAAAGUUAUGCAACACCCAAUUCCCCUGUGUGAAAAAGUAAUUGCCCCUUUACACUCAAUAAUUGGUUGUGCCACCUUUAGCUGCAAUGACUCCAGCCAAAUGCUUCCUGUAGUUGUUGAUCAGUCUCUCACGUCGCUGUGGAGGAAUUUUGGCCCACUCUUCCAUGCAGAACUGCUUUAACUCAGUGACGUGUGGGUUUUCAAGCAUGAACUGCUCGUUUCAAGUCCUGCCACAACAUCUCAAUUGGGAUUAGGUCUGGACUUUGACUAGACCAUUCCAAAACUUCAAAUUUGUUGCUUUUUAGCAAUUUUCAUGUCGACUUGAUUGGGUGUUUUGGAUCAUUGUCUUGCUGCAUGACCCAGCUGCGCUUCAGCUUCAGCUCACAGACGGAUGGUCUGACAUUCUCCUGUAGAAUUCUCUGAUACAGAGCAGAAUUCAUGGUUCCUUCUAUUAAGGCAAGUUGUCCAGGUCCUGAGGCAGCAAAGCAUCCCCAAACCAUCACACUCCCACCAUGCUUGACCUUUGGUAUGAUGUUCUUACUGUGGAAUGCAGUGUUUGGUUUUCGCCAGGCAUUACUGGAACCAUGUCGUCCAAAAAGUUGACUCAAGUUUGCCAAAAAGCACCUGGAAGAUCAUCAAGACUCUUGGAAGAACGUUCUAUGGACAGAUGAUUCAAAAGUAUAACUUUUUGGACGACAUGGCUCCAGUGCAUUGUUAUUUGCAUUGUUAUUUGUUCACUUAUGUUCUCUUUAUCUAAUAUUAGGUUUUGGUUGAAGAUCUGAUAACAUUCAGUAUCACAAAUAUGCAAAAGUAGAGAAAAUUAGAAAGGGGGCAAAUACUUUUUCAUAGCACUGUAGAUGAUGCAAUUCCACUUAUUGACAGAUUUACUGGUAAUUUAUAAUGUCGAGUUACAGUACGCUCUUACAAACACGAUGCACAACCUUUCCAUUGUAAACAACCCACACAGUUAUCAGUGUGUAUGAACAUUUCUGCUGGUUCCAUAAGUAGUGAACGAUAUCUAUGAAAAAUGCUGGCCAGAGCCUAAGCAAGCAAAAGCUCUAUGAUAGUAAAAAAAAAAAUGCAUGCAAACAUGUUCCACCCUUUCUUAUAUAGCUAGCUAUAUGUAUUCUAGCAUAACUGGCUAAACCAAUUUCGAUUCUGAAUUUACAAACACAGAGAUCCUUUUAAUUAUAUGCUUCCAAACCUCUGACCUUCACAUUUCACCUGCACAAGAAAAUGGAUUGCUAAGAAGAUAAGCACAUAGAACUGCUGAUGCUGAGCAAACAUUGGACUUAUGCAUGUUGUACUCUAUUUGUCAUAUUGUAUCCUAUGUAUUGCACUUUUAUGAUAUACUUGUUGUGUUGUGUGUUUUUUGUUGUUUGGAUAAAUAGCAAACUUCAAAUCAAUGUGUGUUAUGUCUAGGUACAGUCAACCCAACUGUAAUCACAAACUAACAAUGUGCUAAACAUCUUUACAGGGAUUGAAUCAUUCCAUAACACAUGCAUUGUCCUCAUUGAUAAAUUUCAAUGACACUCCAUGUCCUGCUUAUGCACAAGAUGCUCACUGUAUGGGGUGGAAUGUGACUCCAAGGCUGAGCCUUGAUCUUCCUCCUGUCCUUAGCCGUUGUGACAUAUUUCAUGUAUAUUUAUUUUUGUGACUGUAAGGCUUGUGAUUUGACAAUCAAAGAAUGCGCUUGCCAUCUGGCAAAUCUCUUCUGAGCACCGUGGCAUCAAAGCGAAUCUCAUUAUAUCCCACUAACUCCUAAUGAUCCACCUUCAUAACCCUUCAUGUUAAUCUUUCCUCUAGUUUUACCCUCUUUUACAUAAUCUGCAACGCAGGUAGCCACCGUUCCCUUUUAACUUACAGCAGAUGAAAAAUAUAUAGUUGGAGGAAGAACCCCUCUAAUUAUGAACAUGGCAAGAGACAUUUCUGAAGAAAUCUUACAUUCGCAUUAACUUUCCUUUUCAUUACAAUAUGUACCAAUUGCAUGAACCUUGUGCUGUAAGGCUGCCUGCUGUUAGUUGGUCAGUCAGUUACACAGUGUGCUCACAGACAGGUAAUUGACUGCUCCAUGAACCUUUCUGAGGCCGUGUGUUUGUUAAAAUGUUUGUCACUCGUUCGUGUGAAAUACUCCCCUCUGGAAACUGUUUGUUGUUUCAAUGUGUAUUUAUCCGUGUUGUCAUUGCUUUUUUACAAUUUAUUCACGGUGUUUUCCAGUGCGACUGUGGGCCUACGCAUGCAGCGGAGCCUCUCACGGAGAGCUAAUGUGGGAAGAGGUGGUUUCUCCCGUGAUGAAGUGCUGGGGAACUGAUCCCAUUAUUUCCAGGCCCGAGCCUGCCAGCGGCCGUAAAAGACAUCAACUCCUGGUGCUUAAUCCUGUUAGUGCUGCAAGCCUGACACUGCUUAUUGGCUCUAUGGCACUGUGUGAACAUUCAGGACCUCAGUGUUUGCCCUCUAAAUAUACUGGAUUAAAUUAUUACAGCCCUUCUUUAUUACUAUCAUAUGGUUAUAGUUAUUAGUUGUGUGGUGGUAGAAGUAGUAAGGAAGGACAAAGUGGAUAAGGGAGGGUUUCAGUACAGGUUGUUGCUGUAGAAGUAGUGGGCAUACUUGAGACCUAGUCGCUGUAGCACCAGACUAACCAAAAUAAAUGUUGACUCUGUCUAUUAUGAAGAUUCCUUUUUUUACCUCACUGCUGACAAUUAGAGGGCAGAGGAUAUUUUAAAUAGUUAUAUUUUAGUUCUCCUUGGCAGAGGGCGGUGGAGGGAGGGGGCUGAUGACAGAUCCUGGUGUAAAGCUACUCUGCAGCAGGUGAAGAUGGAUUGUCUUGUCAGCUUGGGGGAUCUGACUGAGCUGAUGUUUGGCAGGUCCAUGUCAUGCCUGGGAUCCAUAGACCAUGCCUGGGGGAGGGACAGUGGGGUGGUUAGGGUGGGCAGGGGCUGGAUGGUAGGGAAGGGGAAUGAUACAGGGGUAGCUAGGAUGGUCCAGGGCUGGAGGGGUGAACGGGAAGCUAAUCUGCACUCGUUAAAAAUAACUACACCUUAUGGGACUAAAAUGGCAUCAGAUGUGAUGGUGUUUCAAAGUAAAUAAAGUGCAUUUGGAAAGUAUUCAGAACACUUCACUUUUUCCACAUUUUGUUAUGUUACAGCCUUAUUCUAAAAUGGAUUAAAUAAUUUUUCCCCCUCAUCAAUCCACACACAAAACCGCAUAAUGACAAAGCGAAAACAGGUUUUUAGACAUUUUUUGCAAAUGUAUUAAAAAUCAAAAACUGAAAUACCCUUUGCUAUGACUCGAAAAUUGAGCUCAGGUGCAUCCUGUUUCCAUUCAUCAUCCUUGAGAUGUUUCUACAACUUGAUUGGAGUCCACCUGUGGUAAAUUAUAUUGAUUGGACAAGAUUUGGAAAGGCACACACCUGUCUAAAUAAGGUCCUACAGUUGACAGUGCAUGUCAGAGCAAAAACCAAGCCAUGAGGUCGAAAGAAUUGACCAUAGUGCUCCGAGACAGGAUUGUGUUGAAGGCACAGAUCUGGGGAAGGGUACCAAAAUAUUUCUGCAGCAUUGAAGGUCCCCGAGAACACAGUGGCCUCCAUCAUUCGUAAAUGGAAGAAGUUUGGAACCAUAUACAUAUAUUUUUUAAUACAUUUGCAAAAAUUUAUAAUAACCUGUUUUUGCUUUGCCAUUGUGUGUAUAUUGAUAAACAUUUUUGGUGUGAUUUUACCCCCAAUUUCGUGAUAUCCCAAUUGGUAGUUACAGUCUUGUCCCAUCGAUGCAACUCCCGUACGGACUCGGGAGGCGAAGGUCAAGAGCCGUGCGUCCUCUUGACACAAUGCCCGCUUAACCCGGAAGCCAGCCGCACCAAUGUGUCGGAGGAAACACCGUACACCUUGCGACCGUGUCAGCAUGCACUGCCCGACACAGGAGUCGCUAGUGCAUGAUAGGACAAGAAUACCCCUGCUGGCCAAACCCUCCCCUAACCUGGACAAUUGUGCGCCGCCCAAUGGGUGCGGCUGGCUGCGAGAGAGUCUGGAUUCGAACCAGGAUCUCUAGUGGCACUGCGAUGCCUUAGACCACUGCGCCACUCCGGAGGCCGCAAUUUAAUCAAUUUUAGAAUAAGGCUACAGCUGUAACAUAACAAAAUGUGGAAAAAGUCAAGGGGUCUGAAUACUUUCCGAAUGCGCUGUACAUGGGAACACUACAGCCUGUGAAACAAGGCGCCAAUAAGUUUGUAUUCUCAGGGCCAAAGGUUUUUCAUGUCUGCCUGACCUGAUCAGUAGACACCAACUAAAGCUUUUCAGUUUUUCCAGAAUAGGUAAUGUCCUGACAAUGCUAAUGCUUUAUGUCAGUAGUUCAUACUCAUUACAAAAGGACAAUUAUGUUUUGCUUGUUGGUUGGUUGAUUAUGAUUCAUUUAGAUCGGCUGUGUUGUACACUAGGGUGGAAUACAUUUGUCCAAUAGUUUUAGGACAAAGCUUUUUCAGACAAAAUCUCAAUAUCUCUAUUGAAAGUAAAUUACUUGUUGCAGAGGAUAAUGGCUCAAUUUCCAUGGUAAUAAAUGUAUUUGGAAUGCUAAGUACUCUUAGACAAAGUUGAAAUAGGCUGUCAUGGUUUGGCAAUCGUUCCAGGGAAAGAAUAUUCACGGUGACAGGAAAAUACACAAUUGAAGGAGGGACAUUUUCUCAAAAUGUGUAUGGUGAAAAGACAAUGUUAGGGAUAAAUGUUUAACUUCAUUGUAUUGUCCAUGUAAUUCUAGGGCUCUCUAGUUAUACAAAUUAUCUCUAUUGAUUGAAAUAAAAUGGAAAUGUGAAUGUCAAUCCAAUAGUGCAUAUUUUACUCAAAGCAAAUGGUUAUGGUAAUACAGUUUGUGGGAUACUCUUCAAGUACAGACACUAAAAUAUGAACAUACAUGUGUUGUGUCAAAACAUAAGAGUGAGGUUGAGUAGAGUUUUUGCUCAUAUAAAUUCACAUAAUCAUACAUUUGACAGCUUCUGACCCCUAACUGGUCGAGGGCAUAGCUUUGUGAGAAAUCUAAAUGAGUAAAAUCACAGGACACUAAUAGCACUUUUCAAUAGACAUCAUAUUACCCCUUAUCUCUUCUCAUACAGUGACAUAAUACUUAAGAGGAAAUCUGCACACUAAAUUAUGUCAAAGAGAUGCUUUACAUUUAUUGAUAAUAGAUAGCUGUGUGCUUUACUGCAUUGUGUGUAUCAGUGUGUAUCAGUGAUUUUUUCUGAAAGUGUUAGGUGCUGUGACAAGGGUGAGCCUGGUCCAUGCAAAUACCAAGGGAUGAAUUCCAGACCACAUACUAUAUUUUUUCUACCCCACUUUUGAGAUGUACGGUCCAUUCCAGAGCACCCAGACGUUAAUAUUGAAUGGGUUUCAAUGUUCCACCAUAAAUAUUUCAGCUUUGACAUGCGGCCAGAGCAGGCUCCUAUAGGAACAACACCUCCCAGUGUCCAGUCCCUGCUUCUCUUAUUAUAACGGGAUUUAACAUGAGAUUUUCACUCUCUGUUACAGAUGUAUUCACGGCCAAGAGAUCAGUCUUUGUCAGAAGUAAUCUCAGUUCCUGCUGACCAUGGCGGCUGAAUGACAUGGAAGGUGUGAGCUAUAUUUUAGGUGUUGAUGGGGGUAGCAGCAAGGGAAAUCUGAAAUGGUUGACUGUGCAUCCCUCUUCAGUCUCAAACAAGAAGAGAAGUCAGUACUAACGUAUGCGCUGGAACAGCCUAGGCCUACCUGUUAGCUGAAAAAAGGGGAGAUAUUAAUUACAGUGCAACAACAAACUCACUACUUCUACUGGGUGGAACAUUUAGAAAUUAGCAAAUGAAUGCUACAGUGCCCUGGUGCAUGUUACCUCCGCUGUGACAAUUUGUUAUCUAUCACCAAGCAGCUGUGUACCUGCUCUGUUGUGGCGCUCCCUCCCUCUCUCCCAGACACAUUUAGCCACAGCUCCUCCAUCGCUCUCUCCCUCGCCUCUGUCUCUGCCGGAUAAAAUAGCUUGGAUUACCCCUAAAUAUCCACAUAAUUUUGUAGAGUCAGUGUGGAGAGGCGAGGGAUUUCAGCUUUCUAUUGAAGCCUCCCAUAUGAUGCGAUGCAGUGCGUUGAGAGUUACAGGCUCACACAAUACCAACAUUUCCCAUGAGCGCUUUGGCACCGUUUACAUGAGUGAUUUGUGGGGGAAAGACCGGUUAUGCAAAGUCUUUGCAUUGGGCCUGUCAUGUAAGAUGUGUAAUAUGGAGUAUUUACAUGAUCGGAUUGACACCUUCUGUGAAGGUGCGUGUGCCAUGUGCUUGGCACGGUGCAGAGAUAGCAACAGAUCAGGCAAUCCUCUUUAACAGCCAUAGAAAAAAGUAACUCUAAACACUGAAUCUCACGUAAGCAAAAAUAAGUAUUCUAUAAAUACAUGAUGAUAGGUUGAAUGUCCUAGAUCAUCAAAUAUUUUAUUUUUUAUUUUUAUUUUAUUUUGUCAUUUAGCAGACGCUCUUAUCCAGAGGGACUUACAAUUAGUGAGUGCAUACAUUUUCAUACUGGCCCCCCGUGGGAAACGAACCCACAACCCUGGCGUUGCAAGCGCCAUGCUCUACCAACUGAGCUACAGCUACAAAUAAAAUGUAUUUGUCACAAGUGACACUGACUCUUGCUAAACUAGAGACUGCCUUCUAUAUUAUCAUCAUGUUUAUUAUAUUACGUAUCAGCAUGUCUUAUUAUUCGCUAUCAUGCGCUUAUGAGUGCCUUGUAAUCCUGUGUGCUGUGUGUUACUUACAACUAUUGCCUUUCACUUAACUUCUUACAAUGUCAUGUGUGAAAUGUAAUUUAAUUGCAUGGACAAUUUGCUUGCUUUGUAUGGUGUGCUGUGAUUCCACAGAUUGGCAUUGACUAAAGUGACAUUGUGACCGCUGUUGCCAAUCCCUAUCACCUCCUUCCUCCUCGAACUAAUUGCUAAAUGCCCCAGAACUAUAGGAAAUGGACACUUACCUUGGACACGCCGUUUCAUGGGAACCUCUAAACCGACGGCCGUCUGACUCUUCACUGCACCACGACUACUACCCCUCUCCACUGUUCGCGUGUGCCUGUGGGAAACCAAACUCCAUUACAAUGCUGUCUAUAGCACUGCUAAAAGAAAGUGCUUAUUCCUAACGUGUGAGUGUGACUCCAAUUGUUGGUCAGUACUACAGUCACGACUACAGUCACGACUACAGCCAUGUGGCACACACCCGAUGCAGCUGAGAGGCUACCGAUGCUACAAUGCAGCCGGCCCAGCUUAUAGUGAGGGAGAGCCCGGCAGCCAGCCAUCAGCCAGUGUCCUCAGGCCCGUGCAUGACUCUAAAGCAGGGGGCUUGCUUGGAUCUUUAAUUAAUGCGCCCAGGUAAUAGGUGCCAUCUGGGGGUGUUCUUGGCAGCUAAUCACACACACAGAGCCUCUCAUUGGGGGCCAGAUGCAGUGGCUCAUCCCUCGCUCUCUCACCUAAUUACCCUUUCUUUUACAAACAGAGUAAUGUAAAUAGCGCUUAGCCAUUAUUCCUUAAAUAACCAAUGUUCUCGCUAUCCGCAGCCCCCAGAAGAGUGUGAAGCAUAGCAAUUACAGAAAAAUCAAUGUGCUUAAUCAUUGUGGUACAGGGUAUUCUUAUGAGGUUGUUAAUGCUUUAGGCACCACACAGAGUGAAUAUGAAAGGUGCAGACGUGUCCUAGAACCUGCAACACAAGGGACCCUAAUGCUAUCUGAAAACAGCUUCGUUCAAUUCUAGGAGAGGUUGCACAGAGAGAGAGAGAGGACACAGGGACACUGAAUGAUGCUGCCACCAGCCAGCAAACAUAGUGAUGCACUUAAAAUAAACACUACCCUGUUCCACAGUCAAAAGCUGAAUGGCCUGGACACAUUCAAUGUCUAAUAUUGAAGCUUUAAUUUCAGAUACACUUUGGUCUAAUCGGGUUACCCUGGUAAAAAUAAAUAUCCUUGCAGGGUAGGACAUGGCUCCAUGAACAUGGGCAAAACAUCAGUAUUAGCCAGCGUUUGCACAUUGUACUGCCAUCCUUUCAUUGCUGUUCAUUCAGGAGUCCCUUCAUUCAGUUUAAUGCAGUUGACUCCUCUUUUCGCAACUGAAACAAUGAGCCUCAGAAGAACUAUUAGAAAACACAACAAAACAUGGCCUAUUCUCUGCAUGUGCUGCUUCUUCUGAAUUUUCUUACCUGACUUGAACACAAUGCAUUGUUACUGUUUUCUGUUGUUUAGAUAAUGGCUUAAUAAUUAGGCAUUGAGACCUGAUCCCUCAUCGAGGUACUCAUCCUGGGUCAUCAGAAAUUGAGCAAAUGCUCUGUUUGCAUGUGCGGUCAAAUUAAUGGGGUGAUCUAGGAGAGCUGAGUUGAGUGUUCAUUUCUAUCAACUAUAUAGGUGCUUGUUAAUCUGUGCAGCCAUCUCACCGCUCUGAAAAGCUGCAGGCACAAGCUGUUCUCAAGGCUGAUGAGCAGCAGGGAAGCAUAUCUAUGUCACACAGUGUUGGCUGUGCAGGGGACACACAGGGGACACCUUGGAACAACCUCGCACAGGCUACACUAAUGUUUCAGCAAAGUAAAUGAGCCAAAACAGGAGAAAAACAUGUCAUAAAAAACCCAUACUGCAAUUAUUGGCAGCGAGAUUCAAUGAAAUAGUAAUGGCGGCUGUUAAUUCCGUACACAGUUCUUCUGCCGCCACUGGGCCUUGGGUUGGUUCUGUCAGCCUAACAGACUAUGACAAGAUCCAGUGGUUUGGUGUUGUUUCUCACCUCCAGCCCAGGAGCAUGAGAGAGAACUGUGUUCAUGUCUUGGCCUGGCUUCAGGUCCUCACUCUAUCUCCUACCCAUCUCUCUCCAGCCAGACAGAUAAGUGAAGUCAGGGAGAUGCCAAAGAAAAAGGUUAGUGCUAUCCUGGAUCCUUGGGACCUCCCUACCCUAACACUAACCUUAACCCCUAACCCUAACCCUAACCCUAACCCUAACCCUAACCUUAACCUUAAACCCUUACCUUAACCAUUUUAAAUGUCCACUUCAAUGAGGUAGGGAUGUAGCCAGGAUCCCAGAUAGCAAGGAAACCCUGUGCUGUCUCAGGCAACCAUGACGGCUACUGGGAGCGCAAACGCCUCUCACUCUCGUCUCCCAUGGAUCAGACUGUUAUUCUGCUGGAAGACAGGGUGGCAAUGGAUCAUGCCACAGAGUUAAGCCAUCAUUUACACUGAACACUGUUAAGGAUGUGCAACUCCAAGGGCCUGAGGGACAAAGCACAGAGCACAAAUCAGUGGAAAUGAAUAAUUGUUCAUUCUGAGGUUGAACGUGUCACACUGCACGUCACAACUAUGACUAACAAACCUAAUGUACUUUUCCCUUUCCUGGAACCACUGUCAUCAAGUGUGACUGUGGACAUGGAAGGCUGCAUUAGCCCACAUGCUAACCUGCCAAAUGGGUCCAAAGUGAAAGAGACUUUCCAUGGUGGGCUACAGACUAGUGGUUUAGCUUUAUAUAGUCUCUCUACUCCCCAACCCCUUGCUUCUGGAGACCAUGAACUUCUCUUUUAUAUGUAUCAUUUAAAAAAUAAACAGAUAUUUUUAACAAGCUAUGUGGUCCAACAACAGCCAAAAUGAACAAAAUGUUUAUGUUUUGAUGCUGGUGCCAGUUAUGUUCCCUUUGUUACACAAAAACAUCUGUUUUGAUGAGAAAAUCUCAGAUGAAAGCACAAUGGAAUUAGGAUGAAGACAUUGAUGUCAUUCAGAAGUAAAUAUAUAUUUAUUCCACAACACAGCACAGAUACAUAUUUGAUUGGUCACUACGUAUGGAACUAAUCAACAAUAGUGGGGUGUUAAUUAUGAGUUCAUGUUUAGACAGAAUUAAGCAGAGCACAGAUCAGGUAAUUAAUUGAACCUGCUUUCAAGGACCACAUGUUUCCUUGAUAAAACAUAUUUGACAACUCAUUUCAAUGCAAUAGUUAUGACAUUUCAAUUUCAAUGAUAUCAGUGCUAUGUCCUAAAAUGUUGGAUAAUGAGUAAAGUUUUGUGGAGUUUAUCUUUUCCUCCUCAAAUUAACUUUGCCAAAUGAAUGUGGUUCUCCCACUCACUUCAGUGCUAAUGGAAAGCAUGAGUAAAUCAAUAAGGCAAUAAAGUAUUUAAGAUAAUCCAAUUCUAGGCAUCACAAUGAGCCUGCGUCUUCUUUCAAAGGCAGCAAAGCCUGCGACAAAGGGAGACAUUUCUAUGUGGCGUGCCGUGGGGUUUGGAAAUGGCCCUUUAAUCCAUAAAGCGUAUUUGUAUAUAAAAAGUUGACAGGGUGCUAUUGAAAUGCAGAAUAAGGAAGCACUGAACCCAACACUCAUAUUGAGAAUACAUAAUUUCGAACAACUUUUAAAACCUCAGCAGUACAGUAGCCACAUAACAGUUUCUCCACAUAAUCAACAUAGACUACACAUAAAGAGACACUUCAUAUUAAAUUAUAGCAGACAUCGCACUGUAUAAGAUGUCAAUUAAAUGUCCAUUGAUAAUUGUAACCACAGCAAUAGUUAUCCCAACUACAGUAGUGUUUAAAAAGACAUUGAACUAACGUUAGGGAUUUAAUGGGGAGUCUGUCUGGCUGUGGGCGACGGGGCGCCAGGUGUGGUAGUUUUGGGUGAAGGAUAUUUAUGAGAUAUAUGGCCCAAAAUUCUAUUGACAUCUGAUUGCCCAUUUUAAUUAUGUCAGUGGACACAGUGUCUAACAACUACAGAGUGCAGGUUAUUCCAUAAUAAACUAAUAGGAGCACACUAAAUUAUUUAGAGGCUCUAUUUUUGCUUGAAUGCAUAUAUUUAAUUAUAAAACUGUUGUGGUUUGUGGUAAAGGGUGUGCAUUAUGUAGAUUCCUCUUUUAACAUAAUGCUCUUAAAAUUCGGGGGAAGUGCUUUAUGAAUGCACAUAUUUGUUUCUGAGUGAGAGAACCAGCUCUGAAUACAUGAAUAGCAUAACACAGGCCCCAGGUCAGGGCCUGAUGACAGGGCUUCUCAAGGAGGGGGCGUUGGGUUGGAAGGGGAGGAAAGAAGAGAAGAGGAAAGUAAGAGAUGAGGUGCUGAACUCCAACUGUGAUGGGUCAGGGAUGGCUGUGUGA